CUUGUCUUUGGCCUCGAUUCCACGAACCAAAUCCCCGUGGGGAAGCAGCACGCGUCCCGCACUCGAAUAGUGGGGUAAGAUCCAAGACAAUUCUUUAUGCAUAUCAAGGCUCUGUCUCAUCUACUUCUCAAAAGAUCUUCACAUCUAGUCGCUACUCACAUAUUUUCAUCUCUUCUUGGCAUUCAUGUGUACACUUUACUUCACUUCAUAAUAAUAACUCCGGGAUGCUGAAUGAUUCGACAAUGGCAUCACGAACGAGUCUCGAGAAACCUUUAGGUGACAUUGAGCUUGUUGAAGAUGCACCACAGCCGAGUAUGAGACAAUUCUAUGCACCGCAAUCCAUUGAAGAACAAGCACUCGACAGGUCAAUCAAUCUCAAACUGGAUUGCAUCAUCCUGCCCGUUCUUGCUCUCAACUUUAUGUUGUGUGGCAUCGACAAGACAAACAUCGGAAAUGCUGCUACGACAACUUUCGCCAAAGAUGCUCAUCUCAAACCAAACGAUAUCUCAAACGCAGUAUCUCUUCUCUCUGUAACCUUCGUCACUCUCCAACCACUCUCGACAAUCAUCGGUCGCCGCAUCGGAGUCAAGUACUGGAUCUCCAUCAUGAUGCUCGCUUGGGGAAGUAUCUGUAUGGGACAUGCUGGGAUUAAAAAUAGUGGUACUCUCAUUGCGUUGAGGUUGUUGCUUGGUGUGGCUGAGGCGGGGUUUGUACCUAGUGUCUUUUUCUACCUCUCCACGUGGUACCCGAAAUACCAUCUCGCAUUUCGACUUGGGCUGUUUGCUGGAAUGUAUUCCAUUGCUGGAGCUUUUUCGGGACUUAUUGCUUAUGGCGUCUUCCAGAUCAAACACUCUAAGUUCAAAGGAUGGCAAUUGCUCUUCUUGAUUGAAGGCGGUUGUACUCUUGGCAUGGCAAUACUUUCGUUCUUCAUGCUUCCAGCCAAUCAAAAGUCCGCUUGGUUUUUAUCAAAAGCCGAACGAGCACAUGCCAUUCAUCGGAUGGAUGUCGAUGUGAUGAAAGUCUAUGAGGUAGAUGCCGAAGGCAACCAGAUCAAAGCAACUCGAAUGGUCAGCAUGCGCGAUAUCAAAGAUGUCGUCCUCGACUGGAAGAAGUUGUUGACUGUCGUGUUCAACAUCCUUGCUACCCUGCCAGUCAGCGCUUUUGGGACUUUCCUUCCCCUUGUUGUCAAGGGUAUGGGCUACUCCGGAGUGAAAGCAAAUUUAAUGAGCGUGUCACCUUUCGUGGUUGGAGCGUUCGGACUCUUCGCUUUCGUCUACUCGUCCGAUCAUUUUCACGAACGCUCGCUCCAUACCAUCUGUUCCAUGUUCCUCGCCCUAAUCGGGCUAAUCGUGAUGUUCACCUCUACCGACCCCUCCCUCCGCUACGGAUUCACCCAUAUCUGCCUCGCAGGUGCUUUCUCAGCCGGUCCCUCAUCGUCACCUGGCUCGCGAAUAACACGCUUCUCCUCGGUCCCAGAAGUGUUAUCAUUGGUAUCAAUGGAUAUAGUAACAUCGCAGGGGUUAUUGCAGGACAAUUAUUUAAAGCGGAAUAUGCGCCGAGUUAUGGGUACCCGUUGAAGGUUACGAUGAUUUUGAUGGCGGUGGGGAUGUUGGGGUUUGCGGGUGUGAGGGGGGCUUAUAUGUGGGAGAAUGCGAGGAGGAAGGAGAGGAUUGCGACUUGGAGUGAGGAGGAGGUUAGGGCUGAGGAGAGGGGUGAGAAUGGAAGAAGGGGCGAUCAGAGGUGGACUUUUGUUUAUAGCUAUUGAGGUUGAGUUUGUCCCUACAUGUUCAUGACAAAUGUCCUUUCUCUCUCUCAAGACCUCAAAAUCAAAG